AUGUGGGCGGAGGAAAGUGCUGAGCCCAGCCUUCUCCUGAAUGUCCGUGUAGCGCUUGUGUUUUUAAAUGGCACGAGCCUGACCGCGGCCAGGGCUGCCCAGCGCACCUUCGCAGCACCUGCCGGCACGUCCCUGACGCCAUCUUGGACUCUUCAUUUCGGAAAGCCUGCAGCCGCACCCCAACGGUGUCCACAGUGCCCCCUGCAGGCUGGUGUAAAAUCCGCCUUCGGUUCUGAAGACCUGAUGUUUAAUCUCGCCUCUCAGUAUGGACUUUUAAAGAACGAGUCACGCGUGUUCUGGGGCUGGAGGAGGCGCGUGCGGAGCCGCGGGGGCCCAGUCCCGCCGCGGACACUCCCCCUCCGCACGGCCCCGGCCUCGCACAGGGGCCGCAGGACCUCCCGCAGGACCCUGGACGGUGCGGCCAACCUCCCCCCGCCCCCACCAACCCCGGCCCUGAGACCCCGGAUCCGCGCCGAACCUCAUUCUUCCGCCGCGGCUUCCUGA